AUGGCGUCCCCUUUGGCCUCAACAUCGGCCACCGCCGUCGCAUCUUACUCCUCCUCGGUGCGCCCUGCAUAUCCUCAUGCCACCUUCACCACCACCUACCUCGAUACGGAUGAUCAACCCAUCUCCUUCGCAGACUCAUCCUCUUCCUCCUCUUCAACAGCAUCUAUCUCAGCUCCAAUCCAAGAGCCCUUUCGGAGAGCGAGAAUCACCUCGUCUGGCCCGCUCACCUCCCGUUCUCUCACCCUAGCAUCAUCAGCCCUCGCCUCUUCCCUCCCUGUAGCCUUUCCCACCGAGACCGUCUAUGGCCUCGCAGCAAAUUCUCUCUGCCCGCAAGCCUGCGAGGCCAUCUUUGCUGCCAAGGGCAGACCGCAGGACAACCCGCUCAUCGUGCAUGUUUCGGACCUGGACAUGGCGGAACGGAUCAUCAAGGAGGGGUGGAGGGAGCCGAAGGCUUAUGAGGUUUUGAUGAGGGAGUUCUGGCCAGGAGGGAUCACUUUCUUGAUGCCUGCUGCUAGAGACGGGAAGGCAAAGGGAGAGGCUCUGAUCACUGCUCAUCACCCCCUUGUGGGGAUACGGAUGCCCUCCCACCCGCUCGCGAGAGCGCUCAUCGCUCAGUCCAAUCUUCCGCUCGCAGCUCCCUCGGCCAAUGCGAGCGGCAGACCAUCGCCCACUACGGCGCAGCAUGUCAUGUACGACCUAGGCGGGGCACUGGAUGCGCUUCGAGCCGGCGGGACGAUUGGCUCAGCGGAUCACAAGGGACGCAUACCGUACAUUCUCGAUGGAGGUGCCAGUAGGCAAGGGGUCGAGAGUACAGUCAUCGACGGCGUCACGUCGCCCGACGAGCUGAGGAUCCUGCGGCCGGGAGCGGUAGGACCAGAGGAAAUCGAGGCUUGUCUGCGGAGCGCUGGUCUCUUAGCCGGACCGGAAGAGCAGCCGGAGGUCUUGGUCAACAGUAAUGGGUCCGAAGGAGGCAAAGUGAAGCUGAAGGUCUAUGGAAAGGACAUGGCCCGUCAGUCCUCUUUCGAGGCGAAUCCCACUACGCCGGGCAUGAAGUACCGUCAUUAUAGCCCUAAUGCGCCGGUCGUCCUGUUUGUCCCUACGGAGCAGGGGCAGGAAACAGCGAUCGACUGGCAAGAAGCCAUCUCCAAGGAGAUACAUGCGCUCUUGGAUGCUCGCCAAACGAACGGCAAUGGGCAUACCCUGAGCGAAUCUCUGAAAGUGGGCCUGAUGCUGUUGGCCGAUUCGGCACUUUCGCAAGCCAUCUUCUCAACACCGGACGCCUACUCAGACAAGGCCAUGACCCAAUCCCUCGGUCCGAGCUUCCUGCUCUCUCUAAGCUCCACCUCCUCCUCAAGCGACUCAUCAGCAAAAACUGGUGUAGAGGUCGAGGUACAUCCCUUCUCCCUCGGUAACCUCUCCUCUCCACACCUCCCAGCGCGACGACUCUUCUCCGGCCUGCGUACACUAGAUGAAGGGCCGCUGCAUCGUCAGGCUUGCAAGGUGACAUUGGAUGGGGAAGAAGAGAGAGGUGGGGUGGAUCUGAUCAUCGUUGAGGCGGUACAGGACGAGGGGAUCGGACUGGCAGUGAUGAAUCGUGUGGGUAAGGCUGCAGGUGGGACGGUCAAGGUCAGCGUGUGA